AUGAGUACGGAUCUCGGGAUCGACUUGAUAUUCGAAAAUGAUGAAACAUGGGAUUUCCUGAAUAUCGAAAUUAAUUCAUCUGGUGAGCUUGGUCAAGAUGGUGAGAAGCAUCUUGAUUCUAGCACCCCUAGUAGUGAGAUGGCGCCUCUGCCACCACCUGGUAAAAGAGUAUCGAGUGACAAAGAGGGGACGCAGAUGCAGAUGAUGAAAAAGAAUGAAAAAGAAGGUGAAGGUAAAAGAGAAGCAUCCGAACAGGAAAAAAUACAUAUAUUUACAGAGAGAGAAAGGAGGAAGAAGAUGAGAACCAUGUUUACCAAUCUCCAUGCUUUGCUUCCUCAGCUUCCUACAAAGGCUGAUAAGUCCACCAUUGUAGAUGAAGCAGUGAGCUACAUUAAAUCUCUUGAGCACACCCUCAAAAAGCUUGAGAAACAAAAGCAAGAACGGCUUCAUGGUGGAGUCUCGGAGACGAAGGAAGCUUUUAUUGCUAAUCAGGUGUCUACAAGUGCUAAUGUAUUUGCCUUCAAUCCGACAAAUACUCUUGCAAUUCCUCAAUUUUCUCCCUCUUUACCUUCAUGGUGUUCCAAGAGUCUAAUAUUGAAUGUCAGUGGACUGGACGCACAAAUCUGUGUGUGCUCAAACAAGAAGCCAGGUCUUUUGACUGGCAUUUGCUUGAUCCUGGAGAAUUAUAAAUUGGAAGUAAUAUCUGCUCAAGUUUCAUCAGAUAAGGCUAAGAAUAUGUACAUGUUUCACACCCAUGCAUGUUGUUCGGAUCUUCUCCAAACGAUUCCGGUGGAAGAAAUAUACAAGCAAGCUGUGAGAGAAAUCACCAUCUACUUCAACUUGGAAUGA